AUGGCUAUUAAAUCUUCUAACAUGAAGCCCCUUACAGAUGACCCUCAGCGAUACAGAGACGUUUAUUACAACGCAUUCUACAAGAUGGCACUAAAAGAUAUCCUUUUUGAAAAAGUGACUCAAUUUUUUGAUACGACGGUGAUGAUGAGACUCACCCAUGCCAUCGAAGGUGGUGAAGAGUUCAGUGUUCUAGGAGUGGGACUGGGCGAUGGGCCACAUGAACUUCACUUCAUGAAGAGUCUGCGAUCUCAAUUCUCAUCUAUCUGUAUUGUUGGAGUGGACCUUAGUGAAUCCAUGCUAAACACGUUUCAGGAGAGAGUAGCUGCGUUGGAACUCAAUUGCGAGUCUUCUGUCUCAUGCCAGUUGUUCAAUGGUCCUUUCUCUGAGUUCUUUGCGGGAAGUGUCUUGUCGAAAAACAAGUACAAUCUCAUCUCUUCUAUCCAUUCACUAUACCACCUUGGUGACUUUGAGACGACCUUCAUCCAACUAGCAUCCAUGAUGAAAGACAAGGGUUUCAUCAUUGUUGUUUGUGCAAAAGAUAACCUUAUAUCCAAGACUUUCAACAAGUUCACGUGGCUGUCAAAAAACACGCAAACACUAGCAGGACUAUCUUCCACGAAUGUUCGAGAGUUCGCGCAUAGUCAAGGCUAUGACGUCACCACUGUAGAUAUACCGAUUCAAUGGGACAUCACUGAAGUGUUUGAAGACCAGUCUGAAUUUGGUAACAAACUCAUCGAUUUCUUCACCCAAUUCGCAUUUUUUCGGAAAACAGCGCCCUCUGAGCUGAUGGAUGAAUUGGUUAAUUUUUGGCGUUUAGUUUCGAUUCUGGAUGAAAAUGGACGUAUUCUAGCUUUAUCCCACGAAGAAAUUCUUCUGAUCUCGAAAUAAGAUCUUUGGUGUGGUCCGGGAGGGACGUCGUUGGGUAGUUCUGCGGGUUGACAGACUGUCACGCCAAAAUUAUAAAAAUGCUUGAAAUAAAAAUUAUUUGUUGGUGUAGGCCUACG